CACUUGUGGAUUAAGCUUUUGCGCGUGUGUGUGCGUGUGUUUAAAAAACAAAAGAGAAAGCUGAUAUUAGUUCAUGAAUAAUAUUUAAAAGUAGCAGAAGCUUCCAUAUAUAUUGGAGUUGGAAAGCAAAAAUGUUUUUUCCUUAUUUACUUCUAACUUCUUUUUUUUCUUGGAUCUGACUUUUGGUACGCAGUCCUUUCUUACAGAAAUGGCAUCGCCUUCUUCACUAUCACCACCCCCUUCAAGAAAAGUGCCUUCUCCUUAUUACAUGAAAAUGCAUCUUCCUGGUUUAUUGUUUCUCCUCUUAACAGCAAGUUUCAUUUCCACAGCUGAAGGGCAGACUCAGAAGUUAAGAUCCAUGCAAUGCAAUGUGAAGAUGAUGUUUACUUCAAAUACUCCAUGCACUUCCUGUGCUGCAUCUUCAAAACUGAUAUGCCCCAAAGGCUGGAUAAAGAUCACCCAGGGGCUAGGAGAGAGAAACUGCAGAUUUUUCUAUUUAAGAUACACAGUAAAGCUGGGAGAAGACACCCUUUCUCUACCUGGGUGCAGUCAUAUGUGUAAGAAGGAAAUUGAAGAGAAAAAGUGCUGCCCAGGGUUCUGGGGUACUGAGUGCUAUGAAUGCCCCGGUGGGUCUGAAAAUCCUUGCAGUGGCCAUGGGACCUGUUUGGAUGGUAUAACACAGAAUGGAACCUGCAUCUGUGAGGAAAGAUAUAGUGGCUUUGCCUGUCAAAAUUGUCGGGAUGAGACUGUGUUUGGCCCUGGCUGUCAAUCAGUGUGUGAUUGUCAGCAUGGUGUCUGCAACCAUGGUAUCACUGGUAAUGGAAGCUGUACCUGCUAUGGAGGAUACACUGGUCCCAAGUGUGAUCAAGAACUACCCCUUUGCAGAGAAUUGACUUGUGAACCCAAAAGCCAGUGUGUGGUAAAGGCUGGAGUAGCAAUAUGUGACUGCAGUCCAGGGUAUAGUAAGGUUGGGAGCACGUGCCAAGUUCAAGAUCCUUGUGCUUCAUCACCAUGUUCCUCAUUAGCCAACUGUAAGUUUCUUGGACCUUUAAAGUAUGAGUGCACCUGCAAAGAUGGCUAUCAAGGAGAUGGGAAAAUAUGUCAACCAAUCAAUCCCUGCAUUAAUAAUAAUGGAGGCUGCCCUGAAAAAUCUACACUCUGUGUUUAUCAAGGUCCAGGGAGGUCGUCUUGCAUGUGUAAACCUGGAAUGAGCAGCCUAACUCCUUCAGCAGGCUGCUCCUUUACUAGUGAGUGUCAGCGGUUUUACUGUGACGUGACUUCACAAUGCAAAAUUAGUCCAAAUGGGAGUCCUAGCUGUGUCUGCAAGGAAGGGGAGAUAGGAGAUGGGAGAAGCUGCUACAAAAGUCUCAUGAGUGAAAUCUCUCAGCUGAAUACUCGAGGAAGGUUCUUCAGGAAGUUAAACAGUGCUAACAAAAUGUUUGCUUCAGGUUGUUCACUGAUAUUGACAAAAUACGGACCUUUCACAGUCUUUGUGCCAAGUCUUCAUCCAUUUAAUGAUAAAUUUGACUUCAAUGAUACCAUUGCAGAAAAUUUAUGCAAAAUGCACAUAAUUCCUGGUCAGCAUUUGUUGGAAGACAUGAUCAAAACCAAAACAAUGUGGACAUUGUCUGGGCAUCAGCUGACAUUUAAUGACCUGAGCUACAGAAAAAGCUUCAGGUAUCAAGAUGUUCCAGGUGAAUUAUAUACUUUUAUCCAAUGGAAUUUACCAGCUGCCAAUGGCAUUAUGCAUAUUGUUAACACUUUAAGGAAAAAGCCUACAUUUAAAAACCUUGGGAACCCACAGAAAACCAUUGGUGAGAUUCUUGCUUCAAUGGAGAUCUUCAGUCGAUUUGAAACUAUCCUAGAGAACUGUGGCCUGCCUUCAAUACUGGAUGGACCAGGACCCUUUACUGUGUUUGUACCAAGCAAUGAAGGAGUGGAUAAGUUAAGAGAUGGGCGGCUUAUUUAUCUCUUUACAGAGGGGAUAAACAAGCUUCAGGAGCUUGUAAAACACCACAUCUACACUGUGGCAGCGGUGACUGUGGAGAAGCUGUUGAUGAUGCCACAUAUUAUAACCAUGGCAAACCAGAUAGUGACCAUCAAUAUUAGCACAGAUGGAAGAAUUCUGUUGACUGAUUCUGGAAUUCCCUUAAAUAUGAAUAAUAUUGUGGCAUCUAAUGGAAUCAUUCAUACUUUGGAUGGCAUCUUCAUUCCUUCUUCAAUAAUCCCCAUUCUGCCACAGAGAUGCAAUGAAGUACAUCAUACCACUGUAACAGGCAGUUGCGUUGAUUGCAAAGCCUUGAACACCAGCCUUUGCCCACCUCACAGCAGAGAAGUGGAACCAGAGCCUCUCCCCAAAGAAUGUGUAUAUGUCCAUGAUCCAUUGGGGUUGAAUGUUAUGAAAAAAGGGUGUGCCAGAUACUGCAAUCAAACCAUUUUGAAACCUGGGUGUUGCAAAGGAUUUUUUGGUCCUGACUGCACGCAAUGUCCGGGUGGAUUUUCCAAUCCCUGCUAUGGCAGAGGCAAUUGCAGUGACGGGACUCAAGGAAAUGGCAAUUGUCAUUGCUUUGAGGGUUUCAAAGGAAUAGCCUGCCACAUAUGUUCAAACCCAAACAAGCAUGGGGAGAACUGCAAUGAAGAUUGUGGCUGCGUACAUGGAAUUUGUGAUAACAGGCCAGGCAGCGGGGGAGUAUGCCAGUCACAGUCGUGUAAAGAUGGCUAUACAGGGAAGUUCUGUGAUAAGACAUCUAAGAAUUGUGGUUCAAAUGGACUGUCUCAGUACUGUCACCAGAAUGCAGUCUGUAGUCUUAACGACACAGCAAGAUGCAUCUGCAUGGAUGGCUAUGAAGGAAAUGGAUUUUCCUGCCAGCCCAUUGAUCUAUGCAAAAAAUCAGAACAAGGAGGCUGCUCAGAAAAUGCCCUGUGUACCAGUACAGGCCCUGGUACUGCUACCUGCCAGUGUAACAAGGGCUGGACUGGGGAUGGAAAAGCCUGUGUGGCUAUAAACAACUGUGAGCUGGAAACAAGAGGGGGCUGUCAUGUCAACGCAGACUGCAUUUAUGUUGGGCCUGGACAGAGCAACUGUAUCUGCAAAAGGGGCUAUUUUGGUGAUGGGUAUAACUGUGAUCCUAUUGACCCUUGUCUGCUGGAUAAUGGUGGCUGCAGUAAUUUGGCUAUAUGUAAACCUCUUGAAGGAGGAGAGAGGGCCUGUUCUUGCUCUCAGGGAUAUAUGGGAGAUGGGAUUAUAUGUUAUGGAGAUGUACUAAAGGAGCUGGCCAGGAAUUCCCACUUUGCAGGCUUCUAUGAAUGGAUUCAGAAGUCUGCCUUCAGCAUACCAGCAGGAACUAAUGUCACUGUUUUGGUACCUUUGGAAGCAGCCAUAAAAAACAUGAGCAAAGCUGAAAAAGAUUUCUGGCUGACAUCCUAUAUGCUGCCGGUUUUAGUCAGGUCUCACUUUCUCCAAGGUUCCUUUACCUCAGAGCAGUUGAAAAAAUAUGAUGGUCAGGAAUUACCCACCCUUAAUCCGCAAAUGAGAUGGGAGAUAAGGAGCAAGAAUGACAUAACCAUUCAGAAUGCAAGAACUAUAGUAGCUGACAUACCUAGCAUUAAUGGCAUUAUUUAUAUCAUAAAUAAGGUUUUGUUACCUCCUUUAGGAAGUAUCCCACCAAGCCCCCCAAGGCUCCAGAAACAACUUGACAUGAUUCCUUCAUUUAGUACAUUCAAAGAGUUGUUAGUGCAAUACCAGUUGAUUGAGCAAAUUGAGUCUGCUGAAAAAUACACAAUUUUUGUCCCAGGAAAUAAUUCAAUUGAAGAAUAUUGCCAUGCUGCCAACAUUACACAAUUGGAUAGCGACACUGUGCAGUAUCAUGUAAUACUUGGAGAGAAGCUCUUGUCUACAGACUUAAAAAGUGGAGUCCAUAAGAGCACGAUGUUGGGAAUAUCCUACUGGCUAAUGUUUUAUAACAACAGCACGCAGACAUCUGUAAAUAAUAUCCUCCUGAAUGGUAAAAUCUUUGAAACAAUGAAUGGCAUGUUGAUUGGGGUUGCCCAUGUUCUCCAGAUACAGAAAAAUCAUUGCACUGCCAAUACCACAACUGUACAAAAGUCAAGGUGUGGCAAGUGUGACAAGGGAAUCAAGUGCCCUCCUGGAUCUAUCCUGGCUGAACCUCCAGGAAGUGGAAAGCUCCCUCACUGUGAACUUCGGUCUGGAGAUAAGGAAACACUUGGUUGUUAUUUCACCUGUAUCAAAGUUUCCUUAAGGUCUGUCUGCUGUCCAGGUUACUAUGGACAUAUGUGUGAAAUGUGCCCAGGAAAGCCGGGAAAUUGGUGUUCUGGGAAUGGGGUGUGCCUGGAUGGUAUUGCUGGCAGUGGAGAAUGUCAGUGUAAUGAGGGCUUCCAUGGCACAGCCUGUGAAAUGUGCGAAGUUGGCAGAUAUGGACCAAGCUGUAAAUCAGAAUGUGCUUGCAUUAAUGGACUCUGCAAUGAUGGCUUGCAUGGCAAUGGGAGCUGUAAAUGUUUCCAGGGCUGGAAAGGCAUCUACUGUGAAGAAAGCAUUGGGAUUGAUUUAUGUAAUAACACUUGCCAUCAAAUGGCCAAUUGCUUUAAUGAUUCUGUAGAAUCCCUGCCUAUUUGCUCCUGCUCUGCUGGAUACACUGGGAAUGGAACCCAUUGUACAGAAAUAAAUCCAUGUACUUUUGAUAAUGGUGGUUGCUCAAUACACGCAACAUGUACUAAAGUCUCACCUGGAGAAAAAGUCUGUUCUUGUAAGGAAGGCUACGCUGGAGAUGGGACACUCUGUCUGGAAGUUGAUCUCUGUCUGGAGGACAAUGGAGGAUGCCAUGCUAAGGCAGAGUGUACAAAAGCAGGCCCAAAUAAGGUUUCCUGUAACUGUCUUCCUGGCUACACCGGAGAUGGUCAAAAACAAUGUGAUGCCAUCAAUCUUUGCAAGGAGAAUAAUGGAGGCUGUAGUCGAUUUGGUAUCUGCGAGUACACAGGAGCUGGGACUCGCAAAUGUUCCUGUAGUCCGGGCAAUUUUGGAGAUGGAUUCACCUGCAGAGGCAAUAUAUAUGAGGAGCUCAUGAGGAGUGAAGCAGCUUCUAUAUUCUUCAAUAAGAUCCAGGCCUCUAACAUCAAGGAAAUAAAAGGAGCCGGAGUUUUCACCAUCUUUGUUCCAAAUGCAGAGUCAAUACAGAACAGUACAAUGUUUGCUGAAUGGGAGAAUCACACCCUCAUCAAAGAUUUGCUGCGCUACCACAUUGUGGGUUGUCGUAAACUGUUGUCCAGUGACUUGGAGAUGCAAGAGUCCGUUGUGGCUUUAUCAGGACACAAAAUACAUAUUGCAGUGAAAGAGAAUAGUUUGUAUCUAAAUGAUGAUGCUAAGGUCAUAACCAGUGAUCUUGUUGGAGUAAAUGGAGUGAUCCAUAUCAUUGACAAGAUUUUAAUCCCAGGUGAACUUCAGGGUCUUAGCAUUCCCUCUCAGCUAUCACAGCAGAACGUCACUGAUGUGGCAGAAGCAUAUGGAUACAAAAUCUACAGCAAACUUCUGAAGGAAGCAGGGCUACUCACUAUGGUUAACAACCCUGUCCACAGACCUUUCACCAUGCUGUGGCCUACUGAUGCUGUAUUUAACAGCUUUCCUGAGAAGAGGCAAAAAUGGUUGUAUCAUAAAGACCACAGAGACAAGCUGGCAGCAUAUCUCAAAGUGCACAUGAUUAGAGCGAUGAAGAUUGUAGCUGGAAACCUGCCACACAUUCAUUCUGUAAGGACCAUGCACGGAUCCACUGUCUCUUUCAGUUGCAGCAGAAGUAAUGUUGGGGAGCUGUUGGUGGAUAAUGGCAAUGCCAAGAUUGUCCAGAGGCAUAUGGAGUUUAAUGGUGGCAUUGCCUAUGGCAUUGAUCAGUUGUUGGAGCCUCCAAACCUGGGGUCUCGCUGUGAUGAGUUCCUCUCCAUUGAGCUUAAGAGAUCUGUUCAGACCUGUAGGUUCUGUGGUUUUGAGCCUUCUUGUCCUGCUGGAUCAGUCCAACAGGGGGAAAGCAAGAUGUGCUUUUACUACUCUGAAAAUCCAUCUUACAGGUCCUCCUUUUUUCUGCACAACCCCUUUAUGUUUCUAAGCUCUGGACACUUUUCACCAUUUCACUAUAGCAAUAGAUGGCCUCAACUUAAGAGGUCCUUGAAAAGAGGGUGCAGGAGGAGCUGUUUUUCCACCACGUGGGUUCCACAGUGCUGUGCAAACCACUACGGAAGAGACUGUCGGGUGUGCCCUGGAGGAACAGAGGCUCCAUGCAGCAACCGUGGUAUUUGUGAUGAUAGAAUUGAUGGGUCAGGACAAUGCAGCUGCACCACAGCUUUCAUUGGGACAGCGUGUGAGCUUUGUGUACCAGGCAGAUAUGGGCCAGAGUGCAAAGAGUGUAACUGCACAAAGAACGGAAUGUGUAAUGAAGGGAUACACGGUGAUGGAUUCUGCUUCUGUAGUGAGGGUUGGACAGGAGAACACUGUGAAACCAAACUAGCUCUGAUACCUGCGUGCUCCCCAGCUUGCCAUCCCCAGGCUGUCUGCAAACUCAACAAUGUCUGUGAAUGCAGCCUACAUUAUGAAGGGGAUGGAAGAACUUGCACAGUCAUUGACCAGUGCCAAGUUGACAAUGGAGGAUGCAGUGAGAAUGCUAACUGCACUCAGAUUGGAGUUGAUGUCUCCUGCACUUGCUUACCUGACUACCAAGGAGAUGGCUAUGUCUGCAGCCCUAUAGACAAAUGUGCAGAUGGCAGGAAUGGCGGCUGCAGUGAGCAUGCCUUGUGCAUCAGUACAGGGCCAAAUGCUUGCCGUUGUGAAUGCAAAGCAGGUUAUGUUGGGAAUGGAAUCCAGUGUCUGGAGGAAGCUGUCCCACCUGUAGACCGCUGCUUAGAGGAGAAUGGAAACUGCCAUCGUAAUGCCAUUUGCACUGACCUACACUUCCAUGAUAAAACAGCUGGUGUGUUCCAUCUCCAGUCACCUAGAGGAAAAUAUAAAUUCACCUACAGGGAUGCUCAGGUUGCCUGUGCAGCAGAAGGUGCUUCCUUGGCAACUCUUCAGGACCUCUCAGCAGCACAGCAGAUGAGUUUCCACCUCUGCUUGGUGGGUUGGCUUGAUAAUGGGACAGCAGGGUAUCCAACUGCAUACCCAAACCCUAACUGUGGCUCCAAUCAUGUUGGGAUUGUGAACUAUGGUUUCCAAAGUGAUUUGAAUAAAGGUUGGGAUGCUUUCUGCUACAGAGCUAAAGAUGUGAAGUGUAGCUGUCAAGAUGGGUUCAUUGGGGAUGGUUACUUCUGCAGUGGAAAUCUUUUGGCUGUACUGGCAGAACGUGAAAACUUUUCAAUCUUCUACUCUAUGUUUCUGGAUUUUGCCAACAUCACUCAAGAUGGGCUUGACUUUCUCAACUUUCUUUCCAAUGACACCACAUAUAAAACGCUCUUCGUACCCUUGAAUUCUGGAUUUGGAGACAAUAUGACAUUAACAUGGGAAGAGCUGAAGCUGCAUGUCUCUAUAAGCAAUAUCUUUCUCUUGAGCUUCAAUCUCACAGACAGUACAGUUAUACCUUCCUGCUCAGGAUACAACCUUUCCAUUGCAGAAUCUGAGAAUAGAACACAGCUCACUGGUUCCAGAGUGGCUAAUAGUACCUUGAUAGUAGAGUGGGACAUUCUGGCCUACAAUGGAAUAAUUCAUGCCAUUGAGAGACCUCUCCAGAUGACUCGUCCUACUCUUCCUGUAUAUGUGGAUCAGAUAACCAGUGCUGCAAAGUCAUCUAACCCUGUGACUGUUGGAGUCACCUCAGUUGUUGUUAUAGUCAUGCUAUUUUUAGCUAUUGCUGGAGUGGCCUAUUACUACCUCAAGAUGAAACAACAAGGAUUCCCAUUCCGUUAUUUCAAGGCUGACAUGGAGGAAGAACUAUCUGAGCAAGACGGGAGCCCGUCCUUGGUGUCCAUCCCAAAUCCUGUCUAUGGAGCCCACAACUGCAUUUAUGAACCUUUUGAUGACACUUUCAGUGAGGAAGAUUUCUCAGACAACCAUAGAAUUCUGGAGUGAAGUCACACAGCCAACCAAGCUGAAUGGAAAACCCCCAACUAGAGUGAAACAUUGUGACAUUCUUGUUGCCAACUAGAACAAUAUGGAGUUUACAUCCUGCAGGGGGUAAGGAGAUGAAGUGUAGAAUAACAGUGGCUCUUCAGAAGAAUCUCAUUAGCUAAGAUACCUCAUGAGAAAAGCCCCUCAUUAAAAAGGAAGAGUAGAGCUGAAUUCAUCUUUGACACACACAAAAUACAACUCUGCAGUUAUGAAUGGUGUUGGUUUCUCAGAUAUAGCAGAGAACAUUUCCAUUGGACCAGCAAAAAGUUGGUUCAAAGCUGACAGUUGGAAAAAGUUAUUGUGCGUUUUGAAGUCUGAAACUGCACUAGGCUCAGCUGUUGAACUGAGCUGAUGUUCAACUGUUUAGGCUAGCUUUUUUGUUGUUGUUGUUUUUUUUUUUUUGUUUUUUUUUGUUUU